AUGAAACAAGCUGCAAAAUACUAUCUGACAAUAAUCAAAUAAUUUUGUGUUUUUAUUAGUUUUUAUUUGACAUUGAAAUUUACAGUUGCAAUAGGCUUGCCAAUAAUUGAUUAAUAUACAAUUACAGAAAUAUCAUAAAAUUAUGAAAUGGCAGAAAAUAGUUGGGAUAGAUUAAUCUAUUUAUAAAAUGAAUAUGAUGGAGUUGAUUAUAGAUAUACUACUAAUUACUUUAGUCAUUUCGUUUUUGAUCAUGCAGUUAAUAUUAUGUUGGUGAUGAUGACGCUUGAUGUGACACAAGGCACCACUGUUGAUAUUUUGAUACUUUUGGUUCAUUGA